UUUACAAAGAAAAAUUAAACUCACAAGCAGGCCUAAAAGAAUGAAAUGUUUUCAGUUUCUUAUAGUUAUAGCCCUCUUGGAAUUGGCGUCAAUAUCCUUUGCUUCUGCUUAUGAUCCCAGUCCUCUGCAGGACUUCUGUGUUGCCAUCAAUGAUUUCGAGAAAGUUUCUGUGAAUGGAAAACUAUGCAAAGACCCAAAACUUGUAAAACCAGAAAACUUCUUCUUUUCAGGACUUCAUGUCCCCAGAAACACAAAAAAUCAAGUGGGAUCAAACGUAACUAUGAUUAAUGCGGACGUUAUACCUGGACUUAAUUCUCUUGGCAUAACUUUAGUACGUAUUGAUUUUGCUCCUGGUGGUACAAACCCACCACAUAUUCAUCCUCGAGCUUCUGAAAUCCUCGUGGUUAUGGAGGGAACUCUCUAUGCCGGAUUUGUUUCAUCAAAUCAAAAUAAUAAUACAUUGUUUGCUAAAGUGCUUCAUCCUGGAGACGUUUUCGUGUUCCCGCUGGGUCAAAUUCAUUUUCAGUUAAAUAUUGGGAAGAUCAAUGCUGUUGCUUUUGCUGGUUUAGGCAGCCAAAAUCCUGGAGUGAUCACAGUAGCAAAUGCUAUUUUUGGAGCAAACCCGCCUAUCAACUCUGAUAUUAUUUCGAGAGCAUUCCAGUUGGAUAAGAAUAUUGUUCAAUAUCUUCAAUCAAGAAACUGGUCUUUCAACACUUAA